ACAAAAAAAAAAACAAACUCCAAAGGCCUAAAGGCUUUUAGCCCUAGCCCUAGCCCUCCUUGUUAUUAGGUCCAUUAGGGUUUUGAGUUUUCAAUACCGAAAGCUCUGAACCUGAAAUUUCAAAACCUCAACCAAAAGCCCAUCAACUUCGUCUUCAACCUCUUCCCUCUGCCCAGUUUUUCAAUUUUUUUCAACAUUUAAUAUUUCUUUCUUUUACAAAUUCAAGAAAAGAAAUUGCAUAAACCCCAGAAACUUUGAAAAUUCAAAAACCCUAGUUUCGGAGUUUCGGGAGCAGAGGUUUUUUUCUGAUAUUCUGGUCUAGCGGUUGAUUCAUUGACUACACCUUCAAUGGAGAUAGUUGACCCUAUUACCCCGACUGAUAUCUAUGAACCACUCUGUUUAGAAGCACAGCCUAAUAAGCGUAGGAGAAAGAAGUCUAUUGUCUGGGAGCACUUCACCUUAGAAACUGUUGGACCUGGAUGUACUAGGGCAUGCUGUAAGCUAUGCAAAAAAUCUUUCGCUUACAUCUCUGGCUCAAAGCUUGCAGGCACCAGCCACCUCAAACGGCAUAUUUCCUUGGGAAUCUGCCCAGUAUUUCGCCAGAGAAAUCUGCAAGUGCCAGAUACACCAGGCUCCAGAACUGGUGGUCCAGGAACUGCAACUGAUCCACCAAAAAAACGCCAGAGAGUAAGCCAAGGAGCUGCAAGAAUCACUUUUGAUCAGGACCGCUGCAACCGUGAGAUCGCUAAGAUGGUCAUUCUGCACGAAUAUCCACUUCACAUUGUUGAACAUUCUGGUUUCAGUGACUUUGUCCGGUCUCUGCAACCUCAGUUCAGUAUGUUGAGCUUUGAUACUGUUCAAGGGGAAUGUGUGGAUGUGUACCUGAAGGAGAAACAAAACCUCCUGAAUCUUUUAAGUGGCAUUCAUGGAAAUGUCAGUCUUACAUUGGAUUUAUGGACAUCAAAUCAAACUUUAGGCUAUGUGUUUCUAACAGGUCAUUUCAUCGAUGCCGAUUGGAAUCUACAGCGCCGGAUCCUUAAUGUUGUUACGGUUCCUUCUCCUGAGUCAGAUUAUGCAUUCAAUCAAGCUGUUAUGGCUUGCCUAUCUGAUUGGCAUUUGGAGGGCCGGAUGUUUACCCUCACAGUUGAUCAAUCCUUAUCAAAUGAAACUGUAAUUGGAAAUCUAAGAGGCCUUCUUUCUGUCAGGAACCCAUUCAUGCUCAAUGGUCAGUUAUUAAUAGGGAAUUGCUAUGCUCGUGUUCUCAGUCGUCUUGCACAAGAUGCACUAGGGGCAAUGAGGGAGACGAUCCAAAAAAUUCGUGACAGUGUCAAGUAUGUGAAAACUUCAGAAUCACAUGAAGAUAAAUUUAUCGAGCUGAAGCAACAGCUUCAAGUCCCUAGCUCAAAAAACCUUUUAGUUGAUGAUCAAACUAUGUGGAACACAACUUAUCACAUGCUAGUAGCUGCAUGUGAAUUGAAGGAAGUUUUUAGUUGCUUGGAUACCGUUGAUCCUGAUUACAAGAUAGCUCCAUCAAUGGAGGAGUGGAAGCAGGUAGAAACUCUCUGCACAUACUUGAAGCAUUUGUUCGAUGCAGCUCUCAUUUUAACUGACCUAAGGUACCCGGCCACUAAUACAUUCUUCCAUGAAGUGUCAAAAAUUCAUAUAGAGCUGACACAUGCAGCCAUGAGUGAGGAUCCCUUUGUCAGUAACUUGAUCAGACCGUUGCAAGAAAAAUUUGAUAAAUAUUGGAAAGACUGCUAUCUGGUUUUAGCAAUAGCUGUAGUUUUGGAUCCAAGGUUCAAAAUGAAGCUUGUGGAGUUCAACUUUAACAAGAUGUAUGAUGAGCAUGCUGAACCAUGGAUUAGGGCUGUUAAUGAUAGUGUUCAUGAACUCUUUCUAGAAUAUAUUGCUCAAGCACUUCCGUUACCGGCACUUGAAGAAGGUAAUGAGGGUGUCAUCAAAACAGAGACAUCACAAGAUGGAUUUCAAGAAGGAAACCUUGUUUCUACUGUGGAUGGGCUCUCGGAUUUUGAAAUCUAUAUCAAUGAGAUUACAAGUAGCCAGCAUAUGAAGUCGGAGCUAGAUCAAUACUUGGAAGAGUCUCUUUUGCCUCGGGAACAUGAGUUUGACAUUUUAGGUUGGUGGAAACUAAAUAAAUUGAAGUACCCAACUCUAUCAAGAAUGGCUUCUGAUAUUUUGUCAAUACCAGUAUGUACUGUUGGCCCUGAUUCUGUGUUUGACACUGAAUUAAGAAAGAUGGAUAACUACAGGAAUUCAUUGGGUCCCAUGACACUUGAGGCCCUUAUUUGUGCCAAAGAUUGGCUUCAGUGUGGAUUAUCACCAUCAACAACAAAUACAACAGCAACACCUGAGAUUUCUAAAGCAAUUGUGAAAAUGGAAGUCUAGGUUUAGGUCUCAAUUUCAUUUUGUAGGUAGAUCAGAUGUCCCUGCAUUUAAUUUUUUUUUUUUUUUUUUGGUACUUAGGUUUUCAACAGUGAUUAAUUGAUCUAUUCUAUGCUAUACAGUUCAGGUUUUUGAUGUGGCGCUAGGUAUUGUUUGUAGUAUUCUAGGAAUUAAGUGAAUACUUGCGUAUCUUUCUUUUUCUUUUCUUUUCUUUUUUUGUAAACGUUAAUAUCUUUUUCGUGUCCAUUGUUCCAUACAACAUUCCACAUUUCCUACAACAAUUUUGAGGUUGUUUAA